AUGGCUUUCCAUGCAAACAGAGAGGUGCUGACUUUGACUACUGCAGAGAGCAGCAAGGCUGUGCUGUCAUUUCUUGGCGAACAAUUGGACAUUCUACAUCACAGCGAAGCACCUGAAUUUGAACAUGCAUUCCAUAUCCUAGAAAUUUUGUAUAGUAUGGAAACAACAUAUAUUUCAUGUCUUUCAUCAGUACAAAAGAACUCAUUCUUCAAGUGGAUGUUGCAGAAAUGUUUCAGUUUGGCAAACAUUAAUGGCGAUGGAGCUUCAAAGCAGUUACACAGAUUGCUGCUGAAGAUCAGUCAAAAGCUUGUAACUUGCAUGAUAAAUGAAGGAAGUUUCUCAAAAGAAUGUCUUCACUACAUCCUUGUGGCUCUUUUGGAAGAGACUGAGCCUGAUAGCAGUGGCAGUUAUAACCUAGCAAAAAAAUUAUUGUUUGCCAAUAGACGCUACUUGGAAACGCAGAUACGGAAUGUUUUGGUGAAACGUCUACAUGAUGGUCCAUGUGAAAGUAGCACAUUAGUCAUGGACACCAAACCUUUUGAGGUUAUUUACAAAGUAUAUCACAUAGAUAGCAUGAUAAUGCUUGGAGUCAUUAACAGUUUAGAAUACUGCCUAUCUUCUUCUGAUGAAAGUGAAAGAAGAGAAGUGUUGGAGUUUCUGUGUUGUUUUUUCUCAGAACAGCAUUCAAGUGUUGCUUCAGACUAUAAGAAACUGUGGAAUGCUUUUCUUUUGAAGCUACGAGCUGAAGAAAUGGCUGUAGAUGUUGUGUGUAAGCACACAUACAAUUUUCUUGUGAAUCAUCCUGAACUAAGUUCGGAUUAUAAACGUGUGCUCAAAAAAUUAAUUUGUACCAAAAGACCAAGUUUACGCAAGGAGCUGCUGUUCCAGAUAACAAAAGCAAUACUCCAUGAGAGCAGCUUAAUCUUGCAUGAUGAUCAGUUGCUGCAGUUAAUGGCAGAACGCAUAAGGACAGAUUUUGUCGAUGUACGUUUGUGUGGGCUGAGAUGUUUAGGACUGGCAACGAUAAAGCAGUUACUGUUUACUGCUAUGGUUCCAAAGGAUGUAGUUAAUGAAGAGAAGAUAAUAUUACUGCAAAAAAUUUGGUUGAAAAUGUCUGAAAAAGCCCGGAAAGCUUUUCAUGAAAUGGGAGAGAGAGAUUUCAGGUUGAGAAAAUGGACACUGAUGAUGGUUGAGCACAUUAAAACUGGUGAUGAUAAAACUGAAGAAAUUACCAAGUGCAUAAACAGAAUAUCAGGAGAGCUCUUGGAUGGAGGAAAAUCUGAAGGCUGUUUAAGAUAUCUAGUUGACAUUAUCCGAAGAGAUAAAAGGUGCCAGGAACUUAUAGAAGUAAUACUAAUGCCAUCUUCCACUCAGGAGGAACUCAAUUCUUCUAAGGACUCGUUACGGAAAAGAGUAAGCUGGUGUGCCAAGAAAAAUGAUAUUGUGUGUUCAGUAUUGAACACCCUGCUUGUAAGACUGCAAACAUACUUCAUUGACACUGCUUCUGUAAAUAGCAGACCUGUGUAUGCUUCAAUGACUGCUGUUGGGCACGAUGGAGGAUCAUUAGGUUUUACAAAUAACAGCAAUCUUAUUUAUGUCUUGAGAAAUGUAAAACUUCUAGUAAAAUACGUAAAACAGGUUGAGGUGAAAAACUGCUGCACCUCAGUUGUAUUUGGCAUAACAUUUCAUGUGGAGCUAUCAGCAAGGUUGAUAGUUGUGUUCACGUCUACAUUGUGA